UUGAUAUACUACAAGUCCUGCAAACGCCAGCAUAUUUAAUAAACAACAAAGGGGAAAAUCAUUAACAUGGUUUAAAAAGAGGGUCGAGUAGAGGACAACAUCUCCGCCCACUUGCUGACAGCAGAUCACGCGGCCUCACUGUUGUGGUUCUUAGCUCGGACAGGCGGGGCAGAGAUGGCGGAAGACUGGAAGUCCGGUUAACAACUCCUACCUCCGAGGUAGAGCUUCUUAGUAUAACAUACCAUAUUGGAGUUAUCGGGAAAGCUGGCAGCUUUCUACGGUACUCUAUUCCGUCCGGAGGACAUGGAGAUAUCGGCGGAGGAAGAGGCGGAGGAGCGCAGGAAGGAGCAAUGGAAGCUACUGUCCAGCCUGAAGACCACAGUGGAGGGUCUCGUGUCUACCAACAACCCCAACGUGUGGUCACGUUACGGCGGCCUACAACGACUCCACAAGGACAUGAACAACAUCCUGAGCCAUGGACUGAAGAAUGAGCAGGUGUACUACAAGCAGAGAGACUACUGGCCGUUUGUGUGGUGUGUUCGCUACAUCAGCCCCCACCUCGCCUCGCACGUUGAACAGUUCGGUCACCUGGAGCCGGUGCUGAGCAGCGGGAUGAGGAAUGCUGGGGAGAGCUACAAGGCCGAGCGCUGGCUCCUUCACAGCUUACAGGUUCACAUGCUGUCUUCUCAGCUCAGACCUCUGCUCCGGCAUAUGGGACAUACGAGUAAAUACUAUAAUGGUCAUGCCUUUCUGCUGAGUGAGCCUCAUGUGACCGCCAUGUUCCAGUGUCUGGAAGCCGUGGAGCAGAAUAACCCCAAACUGCUUGCCCAAGUAGACACCUUUGGGCUGUCCCCUCUGAAGGGCUCAACCUGUCUGGGCCUAUUGAAGAGCCAGAGCCUGUGUGUAUUGCCUGGAGCUGGUACAGCUUGGAGAAACGCAGACUCGGCUUCCAGAGGAGAAUCUCUAAAUCGCAGACUCACCACCUCCAACUGCUCGUUCCGAGAAGCAGUCGCUACCAGCCACAACUCUGGGAGCACUACGGGAGUCGGACCCCAAAACAGCAAUAGCACAAACCCUACCUCCAGCAGCACGGGGGCUCCCUGGUUGUGUGUGUCCCGGCCGGGGGAGAGCGAGCGAGGGGUGACGCCACCUCUUGGCCCCGGUUCGAUCCCUGGCACCUCCCUCUCAGAGUCCCCCUCGCCCGCCUCCUUUCAGCCCGAUGCCGGGGACUCCUGUGACUGUGACUAUGACGACGGUCCGGAGUAUCUGGCUAUCGGUAACCUGGGGCAACGCAGCCGCUGCGAAUCCCAAAGCUCCACCCACAACAGCGAGGUGGACUUUACCCCGGACCUGUCCAUGCAACGGGGUCCUCUAGCCCCGCCCCCACCGAGACGCUCCUCUUUCUCAGAGGGUCAGAGGGGGCCGGGCCGGGGGUCCCGAGGACACACCCGCUCCUUAUCUGACACGGGGAUCAAUCAGAAACUCAGGAAUAGAGGGGGCCAUCGAAAAAUCACCAUAAUAAUAGAAGAUCCGGUGGCAGAAUCGACAGGGCAGGACUGCUGUAUCAAGAACUACAGCCCUUUCUCACCUCAGCGCAAGGAUGUCAGCACUCCCAGUUCCCUCUACAUGGAGUCCCAUGGGUCCCAGUGCAGCAUUGUUUCUGAUGGGAUGUUCAGGAAGCCGUCGGAGGGUCAGAGCCUCAUCAGCUACCUGUCGGAGCAGGACUUUGGCAGCUGUGCUGACCUGGAGAAGGAGAACGCUCAUUUCAGCAUCUCAGAGUCCCUUAUUGCUGCCAUCGAGCUGAUGAAGUACAACCUGCGGCGUCAGCAGGAGGCGGGGGAGGAGGAGGGGGACAGCGACAAUGAGAUCCAGCAGCUCAAACAGAAGAUCCGCCUGCGCAGGCAGCAGAUCAGACGCAGCCGCCUGCCGCCCUGCGCAAACUCCCAGCAGCUGUUCCACUCCACUGACAGCGGGGGCUCCAGGCGGAGCUCUCAGGACUCGUACCAGGGCCUCUCUGACUCCGGCUCAGCAGAGGAGGUGGAGGAGUGCGAACUGCAAGAUGGCUGUGAGGGUCAGUCCCUGCUGGCGGUGUCUCAGAACGGCCUCUCCCUGUCCCUCGCCUCACUCUUCACAGAUGCAGACAUUAAGCGCAGCAUGAGCUCCAGCAACAGGUCGUUUCUCAGCUCAGAGUCCAUCUCUCCCGCCUUCCUCCAGUCUAACUCAGCGGAGUCAGUAGCCAUGGGUUUACUCCGGCAGUUUGAGGGCAUGCAGCUCCCUGCGGCCUCCGAACUCGACUGGCUGGUCCCAGAACACGACGCUCCGCAGAAGCUGCUGCCCAUCCCCGACUCUCUGCCCAUCUCUCCUGAUGAUGGCGAACAUGCAGACAUCUACAAGCUGAGGAUCAGGGUGAGGGGCAACCUGGAGUGGGCCCCUCCCCGACCGCAGAUCAUAUUCAACAUUCAUCCCGCCCCCAAGAGGAAGAUAGUUGUAGCUAAACAGAACUACCGCUGCGCUGGCUGUGGUACUCGCAUCGACCCAGAUUAUAUCAAGCGCCUGCGUUACUGUGAAUACCUCGGCCGUUACUUCUGCCAGUGUUGCCAUGAGAACGCCCAGGCAGUUGUUCCCGGCCGAGUGUUGAGGAAGUGGGACUUCAGCAAGUACUAUGUCAGCAACUUCGCCCGGGACCUGCUGAGCAAGAUCGCAGGAGACCCUCUGUUCAACCCCAAUGACAUCAACAGUGGCCUGUACAAGAAGAACAAAGCUCUGGAGGUCGUCAGGGUUUUGAGGGUGCAGCUGUUUCACAUGAAAAAUCUCUUCAAGACCUGUCGCUUCGCUAAAGAGGUGCUGGACCAGUUCGACAGCCUGCCAGGUCACCUCACUGAAGACCUGCACCUCUUCUCCCUCAAUGACCUCUCUGCUGUACGCAACGGGGACCUGACUCCACGAAUGAAAGAGCUGCUGAAACAUGGCACCUCGCACGCAGCUGGCUGUGUGCUGUGCCAGGCGAAGGGCUUCGUGUGCGAGUUCUGCGGUAACGAGAAAGACAUCAUCUUCCCCUUCCAGCUGAACAAGUGCCAGCGCUGUGAAGAGUGCCAUGCCUGCUAUCAUCGAAACUGCUUCCGGACAGGUAAAGACUGUCCUCGAUGUCAGCGGCUGGCAGAGCGGAGGGAGAGGCUGGCACGUAAAAACAUGGAGGAACAAGAAGAUGAGGGAGGUGGGCCUUAGUGCUGGUAACCGAAUAAACUCUAAGACGAGAGAAGAGCACAAUUCGACCAUGAUUGUAGUGACUGAACACCUCCCUUUGCAUUCUAAUCCUCUGCCUGCGAGACAAUACUGCAAACAAAUGUUUUGAUCUGAUAGACUUCCAGAUGGUUUAAACACAUCCGGGCAUCAGCUGUGUUAGUAAUGCUACUGUGGAUUUUCAGAUGCUUUUAGUGUAAGCUAAGCCCCUUUCACACUUGCACGUUACUCUGUGAAUAGAGGUAGUCAGCGUAACUUUGAAUAGAAGACCUAAGUUGAUUUUCCAUGAAAAUGAAGUGUCUUUCAAAGAGAUCGCAAAAAGAAACUUGGCUUUAAAAACAACAUUCAUUGAAUUAAGUUCAGAUAGGUUUAUAACUCAUUCCUAAUGUAACUUUAUUUAGUUUGAUACUCUGGUGACCUCUACUGGCAGUAUCACCAAACACAUUGUGGCAGUUGUGGGACAAAGAUAUACACUUAAUUGUUCUAAAGAAAAGUGUAAAUGAAAAGUCCCUCUGCCUUACAGGAAUAUUCCACACUGUCCAUGUUGCAGUAACAUGUGCAACUUCUUGGCACUUUGUUCCUCUGUGGUACAACUAAUAUAUUUGAGGUCUAAGUAGAUCAGAAAACGAUUAUAACCAGCUAAGAUAUUGUUCCUUCCUACCAUUGCAGCUUCUGGCAACUGCUUUACCUCUGGUGAUAUUGUUGGCUACUGGCUUAGCUGAAGUUUGUAUUUCUGAACUAAGGAUCUAUUUUUAAGAAAUAUAUAAUGGCAAGUAAAAAAAGCUUAGAUCUAGUCUAUAUUUUUGACAGAUUUUUCAGUGCAGAUACUGUAUUUGAGCAAUCCUGCCCUUAACGUUAAUAUAUUGAAGAUAUUUAAUCAAUCCUAUUCUUUUCCUCGCUCCUUACUGUCCUGUUUUAAACUCUUUUAGCCAUGCUGAUGUGCCUCUGGGACCAAUUAACUUGUACUGGUAGAGCUAGCAGAGUUAUUUUGGAAAGAUGAGUUUAAAGAAGGACUUCACUUCUGAGUUUUAGAAUCAGUGUUGAAAAUAUUUUAAAUGAAACUGCAAAUGCUCCAUUUUUGUGCUGCUUUGUGUGAGUGUGUGUGUGUGUUUACUACGAAAAGCUUUGUGAAUAGGUGUGCUUGUGUGUGUGUAUGAGCACAUGUCUACCUGCUGUACAUGCAGCCAUGCAGAAAUGGUUUGAUCCAGCCUAAUCAGCACUUAUUUUCUAACAACGUUUGUAUUUGGAGAGUCGAGUUAAUUGCACUGAUCCUGUCUGUUGGUGGGGGUGGGACGUCACUAUGGGGAUUUUUCUAAUGUUCGUUAUAAGAACAUGAACCUUCACCGUGAAAUGUUGCUGUUUGUUGAAGUCACAUGUUAAACGUUUCAGUCCGAAAUAACAGAGCUACAAUUAAAUAAAGUGAUUAUAUUAACAUGCAGCAAAAUCAUUACAUAUUCAUCACCUUUUGGACUGAACCUCAUCACAUUUAACUUGGUUUUCACUUUCAAAUAAUUUUGGUCUAGUACAAUGGUUUCAAAACGUAUUGGCCCUACAUUUGUAGCAAGCAGCUGGAUAGUUUACCUUUGCAUUGCAUCGAGUCUUGUAAGAGAGCGAAGCUGAUGGCUCGGUAAAACAACCUGCAUGCUAGCACCAUUAAAGCUCAGUAUUUAACAAAGCAGUUUGACCAAAUGGUCAUUUUGAUUUCAUUAUAUCUUGUUUAUUCAAUCAUCUGGUGACCCCCUUAGUGUGGAACCACUGGUCUGAUAUUCAUUUGAGAUUGACUUAAAACAUCUUAUGUUACUUCUAGGACUCAAGUGACUACUAUUUGCUCAGUUGGUUAGAUUAAAACUCUAGUCUAGAGUAUAUUUUAAAAUAAAUUAUAUAUAAAGUUCAAGCCAUAGUUAUUUAUAGAAGGAUAUUUUUGAGAUUGGCAACACACUGAUUAAAUCAAACCCUUUACACUGAACUCCAGUUCCAGGGGAAAUUGUUAAUGGAGAGUACAUACCAUCCCCAACAGGCUUUGCUUUAUGUGUACAAUCUUUCACUAGUUAAAUAAACUCAUGAGAUAAAAUGUAAAGUGAUACAUGUGACAUGUCCCCAAGCCUCUAAAGAGGAGUAUUAAAGAGAUAAACUGCACCCAUGUCUCAGUUUAAACCAGGAUGCUUUGAAAGGAAACACUGAACUCUUCAGCUCGCGGCUCAUGAACAGCUCCACUGAGAAGAGUCUACUCAGCAGAUGGUUUUACUCUUGGACCGCAUUUAAAUGGAGGUGUGGGGAGGUUUAAUGUGCACUACAGAUUAAAGUGUCCAUUAUUCAAAUUGUUAAUUAUUGUUAAUAUAAAUAUGAUUUGUGUUCAUUUGUCUUUUGUUCUGUAAAUAUGUUCACAAUAAAAGAAUGGCCGGACUGUU